UGGGCUUGUGUUAGGUAUACACGUAUUUCCACAGUCCACUUAAGUUAAUACCUUGUACCUAGCAAAGGUUUUGGUUGAUAACUCAAGUUAUUUAACAGAAACAAGGCUCUCUAAUUGCUUGUUAAGAUUCGUGUAAAAAUAUAUUAUUAAUUUUACAUAUAAAUUGUUCGCUCAAAUUCAGUUUAUUUAGUUUUCUGCGAAUUAAAAUGAUGGAUACAACCUCUAAUUUGAUUGUUUCCUCACCAAAUAUUAAAUAUACUGACGAUUUUAUCUAUUCAGACUAUGAAUACGAGGAUACUCUUGUAACUAGAAAUAAAAAUGAGCUAGUGGCAAAACCAUACCGGACAUCACUUCAAAUUAAAACCGAGAGGAAGAUUGGCAGGGUUGGUGUCAUGUUGGUAGGCUGGGGUGGAAAUAAUGGAUCCACCUUCACAGCAGCAGUAUUGGCCAACAAACAACAACUGUCAUGGAAUACAAGAAAUGGAAAACUAGAUUCUAACUGGCUUGGAUCAAUCACACAAGCAUCAACAGUUCGUCUAGGACUAGAUGAAAAAGGGAAUGAUGUAUUUGUCAAAAUGUCCCAAUUGUUGCCUAUGGUACAUCCAGAUGAUCUAGUUAUCGAUGGAUGGGACAUAAGUCCUUUGAACCUUGCUGAAUCAAUGGUACGGGCGAAAGUUAUCGACUAUGAACUUCAGCAGAAGCUGAAGAAAGAGAUGUCAGCUAUGAAGCCUAGACCAGCCAUUUAUGAUCCAGACUUUAUUGCUGCUAAUCAGGCAGACCGAGCAACGAACCUCAUUCGUGGUACGCGCUACGAACAGUACCUACAGGUUCGUGCAGAUAUCAAGAACUUCCGCGACAAGAACAAGUUGGACAAGGUCAUUGUACUCUGGACAGCUAAUACUGAAAGGUUCUGCGAAGUGCGGCAAGGUGUCCACGAUACAGAUGAGAAUGUGGAGAAGGCGCUCCGUGCGAAUGAUUCUGAGAUCUCGCCUUCUACAAUAUUUGCGAUGGCCGCUAUUGAUGAAGACUGUUGCUACAUCAACGGAUCACCACAGAACACAUUAAUCGCUGGUGUGGUAGAAAGGGCGGAAAAACGUGGUGUUUUUGUUGCUGGCGAUGAUUUUAAGUCCGGACAGACGAAACUUAAAUCUGUGCUUGUCGAUUUUCUUGUGUCUGCUGGUUUAAAACCAGUAUCUAUCGUGAGCUACAAUCACCUCGGUAACAACGAUGGAAAGAAUCUCUCAGCUCCCAAACAGUUCCGAUCCAAAGAGAUAACAAAGAGCAACGUUGUGGAUGACAUGGUGGAAUCGAAUCGCAUUUUGUACGCGGAAGGAGAGAAGCCAGAUCACGUGGUCGUUAUUAAAUACGUGCCGUAUGUUGGUGACUCCAAGCGAGCUAUGGAUGAAUAUACUUCGGAAAUCCUCCUCCACGGAACCAAUACCAUCGUGGUCCACAACACGUGUGAGGAUUCCUUACUAGCAGUUCCACUCAUUCUGGAUUUGGUGGUGCUGGCUGAGUUAUUCACCCGUCUGUCUUUCAGACCCAAUGUCAAUCAAGAAUGGACCCCAAUGCACGCGGUUUUGUCCCCUCUAGCCUAUCUCCUAAAGGCGCCCUUAGUUCCUCCGGGGACACCAGUUGUCAACGCCCUGUUCAAGCAGAGGGCCUGUAUCGAUAACAUAAUGAGGGCCUGCCUCGCACUUCCACCUGUCCAUCAUAUGCAGUUGGAACAUAAGGUACCAUUUUUGAUGUCCGAUUUGAAGUCUGGCGCGAUGUUCGCUUCAACACCGCCAUUGAAGAAGCAAAAAUUGGCACACGAAAAUGGCGACCAGUAAAUUUUUUCUAUCUACAUGUAAUCCCUAGUUGACAUUGACAGUACCAGAAUGUAUUGUCAAAUGGCAGAUGUCAUAGACUAAAUUUUAUACUCUAUUUCUAAUUUUCACAGAUCUACUAACGGAAUAUCCAAAAUUAUUUAAUCUCAUUUCGAAUCUUUAGCACAAAAGAUAUUUUCAGUGUUAUAUUUUAAGUGUUGACUUAUAUAUUUCAACUAAUGCACAAUACAUAUUUUAUGUGUAAAUUAUCUGUAGUGUUGAACGUAAAAUCGAAUAGUAACUUUUAAUGUUUGUGUAUAAGAUUUGAGGCAUGGAACUAAAUAAUUGAGCUCAGUGAUAAUGCUCGUGGAUAUACAAACAAGUCACACACUUGCUCGUCUCUCGUCUUAGGUCAAUUAAAAUUUUCUUGAAGCAAGCCGACUAAGUCGAAAUAAACACAUUUUGACAUACAUUCCUUAUAAACUUUUACUAUUUGAUUUUACGUAUUGUUUUUGUUAUGUUCAAAGAUAUAUUUUAUAAAAUAUAAAUUAUCGGCGUUGGCUGAUUAUUUUUAUAUAAUAUUUAUGUUUCGAGUAAGACUCGUAUUAUUAUUUUAUAAGAGGUCUAUGUAAUAACCACUUUUAAAGUGAAUGUUUUUGAUCUACAAAAAUAUAUUUUACUAAAUUAUUUUACUUACAAAUUUGGAAAUAUCUAUAGGUGUUUAAAAUUUUCACAAGUCAGUAUUAGUUUUAAAAUAUAACCAGUAUUAAUAUUAAUGUGAUGCAUUUAUUUUAUAAUAUAUUUAAUGGUUUGGCUAUGAAUAACACUUUUAUUAUGUGUGUAGGUAG